AUGCAAACUGCUUGUGUCUAUCUAUUCGCAAUAUUCUGCGCCACCGUUACAGCACAGUAUGAUGAUCUCAGCAUACUUGAAGAGGUCCUGGAUAGAACUACAAUUCCUGCUGUAGAAGUCGAGCCCGAGUUUACGAUAGAAUUUGGCACUGCGCCAAGCAGCACCGCAAGCUCUACAGUACCCGAAGUAACUACUACGACCACAGAAAAAGCCAAGCACACCACCAAAACAACAAAAAUGGAGAAAGAAAUCGAGGAGAUUUCUCCUCUUGUCAGCACCCCAGUGGUGGAACCGUCCCCGAGCAGUACCACAGACAAGACAGAGAUACCUUUGGUCGAGAAGGAACCGAAUUUCGGACUGAAGCCUGAUCUCUCUCGCAUCUACAGGAGACUUUUCCCUUACCGUAAUAUCUAA